AUGACUGAAAGAUCAACUGAGCGAACGGUCUAUGUCAGCGGCCUUGACAACAGCGUGACAUCGCAUACUCUACAUGCAGCUUUUGUGCCGUUCGGGGAGAUAGUCGAUAUAUCUCUGCCAAAACCAGACUUGCCGUCUUCAACGGAACCACAUCGAGGAUUUGGCUAUGUUGAGUUUGAGCAUUCGGAUGACGCGAAAGAGGCCAUAGACAACAUGGAUCAAAGCGAGCUAUAUGGGCGUGUCAUUAAGGUCGCACAGGCCAAGCCCCAAAAAGAUGCGUCGGAGGGACUAGGUAGUAAGACGGCAGUUUGGCAGCAGGAGGGUUGGCUCGCAAAACACGCCGUCAGUGAAGAAGACCGGCAAGCGACUGAACAGGCGCGAGAGCGGUCACCAGCACCGGACCCAAUGCAAGGUCUGGAGGAGUUGGACGUUGUGGGCCCAAAGCCCGAAUGA